CAUUAUAAAACUGCAGCUGCCGGAGAAACAGCAUGUCAAACCGGCAAGCAGAUCCAUCAGGGAUAGGUGGCGAUAGAUUCCAAGCACUGCGCUGCAUAAAGUGAAAUCCAUCGUAUUUAUUUUCGCUCUUCUGCUAAACGCGAAAAGGAGUUAUCAGGAAGUUGAGAAAAUGCCGGGAAAGCACGUGGCACCUGUUAUUAAUAACCUCGAUGGUUUCGAGGAGAAUUUACCCGGUUAUCUUAGUUCUGAGUUUCCGGUUGCCGUACUUUUGGAUUACGAUGGCACCCUGGCUCCCAUUGCGGAUAAUCCCGCCAAAACUAAGAUGCCUGUGCAGCUGGAAGCUAUACUCCACAAGAUAGCUAAGCAUCCCAAAGUAUUCCUGGCUGUGAUCUCAGGUCGAGGACUUAAAGAUGUGCAGAAAAAUGUCAACAUCGAAGGAAUUACUUAUGCUGGAAAUCAUGGACUGGAAAUUGAGUAUCCCGAUGGCUCCAGACACGAUUACGAACUGCCCAAAGAGAUUCAGAAAAACUACACAGAUAUGGUACAGGAACUCAAGGAAAAGGUGGAAAGGAAUGGAGCCUGGGUGGAGGAUAAGAAGGUGUCACUCACCUAUCACUACAGAGAUACUCCAGUUGAUUUGAAGGAUCAGCAAAAGCAGUUGGCUUCGGAGAUCUGCAAAAAGUAUGGCUUUAGAGCGAAUCAGGCCCAUGAAGCUAUCGAAGCAAAGCCACCAGUAAAUUGGAAUAAGGGAGAAGCUGCCUUAUAUAUCCUGAAGCAGAAAUUCGGUGAUAAUUGGGCUCAGGAGGUGAGUGUUGUCUUUGCUGGAGAUGACACCACCGAUGAAGAUGCCAUGAGGGUUCUCAGUGGCUUGGGUCGCUCAUUUAGAAUUGCUGCAGAUCCUCAGAUACAGACUUUUGCGGAUUUCCGAUUGCCUACACAGGCUGUAAUGACAGAUCUUCUCAAAUGGAUUGCUGAUGUCUAUGUUUCCUAGAUAUUUUAGAUAUAACUAGGAAAACACAAAAAUUUGUUGCCUUAUUCAAAUAAUAUAUAAUUUGUAAUAAAUAAGUUUAAGAAAUAUUACAAAAAUAAUUAAUAAUAAGUUUAUCAGAUAUCAAAUCUUUUUAGAAGAAAUUUAAAUAAAUAUUGGCUUAUAAAAUGGUA